UUUGAUUGGAUUAGCUUAGCUUUUAUCAAGUCGAUUGUGUGUAAUCUUUGGGAUAUUUUUUGUUUGUGGCGAAUUAAGCGAAUUAUAUUGUUGCGAUUUCUAGAUAAACAUGGGAGAUCUUUUGGAAGAUGAUGUGGAAUUUCGUGGAGGUACGCUGGAACUAUCUACUGAAAAUAGUGGUGCAGAAAAUGCGGAGAAUAGAGGCAGAGGUGUGACGCAAAGUCAAAAUAAAGUAAAAACUCCAUCAAACGCAAAUCCAUCUGUGUUAUCUGGUGCUGAUUCUCUAUCUUCGUCGGCAUCGUCGUUUGCAGAUGCAAGACAGGACCAGAGCACUUCAAAUAAUGAAAAUGCAGCUCCACAACCUCACACAGUGUACCCAAGAUAUGAUGUUCCUUUCGACAAGGACAAUAUUAAGGACUUCUUUACAUUCCGAAGGGGUGUUGUCGAGAAUGCUAUACAGGAAUGCAUUACUGGGCUUUUGUUCCCUGAAGACGGGGAGUAUUUGGGUUCUUGGCUGUUGACUGAAAUAACACUUUGGGACAAUGAAAAAGAAAGGAUUGUGCUAUUAACAUCCAGACUGGUGAUGACAAUAAAGUAUGAUUUCAUUGCAAUGAAGCAGCUGGACUUCCGGAAGACAUACCUUGAUGAUUUGGACACUGUUGUGAUUGGUGAAUUAGUGUAUCCACCAUCAUCUUUAGUCCCUCGUCUAAACGGUUUCGCGACGGGCGUGACGACAGUGGUCAAAGACUGCGUGAUAGACCGUCUCUGCCGCAGACCCGCCGCCACCGACGACAGCGCUAAACCGUUCGAUCCCAAAUACUUUGAACCUAGAGAGCGUAAUCUCCGCGGUGUCCGUAUGAUGUGGAACAAGGGGGAGCCACUGCCUCUGAAGACUGUGUGGAACCCGUUCAGCCAAGAUGUGCCGUUUAUCACUUUUGCUUCUCACCCAAUUUAUUGGCAUAAAGAUGGAGGAAUAGAAGAAAGAUCUACUUAUGACAUGGAGACCUUCGCCCAGAAGAUACAGCGGGCCAUAGAAAGCAUGCCGUCAAGCUCCUGCUGUAUCCACCAUUCACCGAUCGUGAUUCAGAGCUACCUUGGAAUAACGUCCUUGCUUCAUAAUAAAACCAGCAUGGGCUUCUUCAAAGUGCGAGGGAAGUUCAGCUUUUAGGUUUUUUGUUAGUUUUGAGGGUAGUUGGCAGUAGGUGUUAAUUGCUAUCAUUGAGAUUAUAUUGUGUUGCGGGCUGUAAUGGAAUGGUCUGGAGACGAAGAUGAAAAGACCUUCGAUUAGGAGGAAAUUGAAAGGCGUGAAUUUGUUGUUGACCGUUAGCAGUAUAGUUACGCUAUUGGUAGGUGUAGACAUCGAACGUUUGUCAUUUUUUUGCAUUUAUUUGAGGUGAUGUUCAGAUUCCUACUGAAUUUUUGCAUGAAGUCGCAUUUAUUUGAAAUGAAAACGCGAUGGAAAAGAUAGUGAUCAUUAUGUUUAUACGCUAAGAAAAAACGAGAUGUGGGUACAUGGAGAAUUUUAUUAGAAUUAUGAAUAUGGAGGUCAUAUAUUUAUGCAAUAUAUACAUGCGAAGACCUUGCAUUGAACCAUAAAGGAUCUUAACAGACUCCCGUUUAGUCAUUUUCUUUGGUAUGAAACAGUCAACAGAGGAAGUGAUAAAAAUGAACCUCGGUACAAAAAAAAAGUCAGUAGUAAAAUUUUUGUUUGAGGAAUUGGGAAUGAGGAUUACAAAAAUGAAGU